AUGGCCAAGUGUUUUAGCUUCACAGCCUCAAGAGACUGGUGUUAUAGAUACACUUUUUCCACGUCCGGUCUAAAGUCAUCCACCACCGACCUCGGCGAUGGCACCAUCAUGCACUGUUGGGUGCCCAAAACCAGCAAACAUUACAAACCCAAUUUACUUCUCAUCCAUGGAAUUGGCGCCAAUGCAAUGUGGCAAUGGAAUGAGUUUAUUUCCCCCUUGUCCUCCAAGUUCAACGUAUACGUACCGGACUUGCUGUUUUUUGGCGAUUCAUACACCACAAGGCCGGAGAGGACUGAAGCCUUUCAGGCUCAGUGUGUGAUGAGGACCAUGGAGGCGCACGGCGUGCGUAGAAUGUUCGUUGUAGGGCUGAGCUAUGGUGGGUUUGUUGCGUACAGCUUAGCGGCGCAGUUCCCUCAGGCAGUGGAGAGGGUGGUGAUUGGAUGUGCUGGAGUGUGUUUGGAGGAGAAGGACAUGGAAGAGGGGUUGUUCAAUGUAAAGAGUGUGGAUGAGGCUAUUAGCAUUUUGCUGGCUCAAACGCCGGAGAAGCUGAUGGAGUUGAUUAGACUUUCGUUUUACAAGCCAAUGAAGACCGUGCCUUCUUGUUUUCUCUCGGAUUUUAUUGAUGUAAUGUGUGUAGAAAAUUUUCAAGAAAGAAAAGAGUUGGUUUACACUUUACACAAGGACAGAAAGCUCUCAGAUCUGCCUAAAAUUACUCAGCCAACACUAAUAAUUUGGGGAGAGUAUGACCAGGUCUUCCCACUGGAAUUGGCUCACAGAUUGAAAAGGCAUUUGGACGACAAUGCACAGCUAGUUGUCUUGAAGAAUGCCGGGCAUGCAAUUAAUAUGGAAAAGUCGAAGGAACUAUACAAGCACUUGAAGUCAUUCCUUAUCUAUCCUGCUCUUUCUAAGAUUGAGAGCAAUGGAAACAGCCGCAAAUUGGAUUAA